AUGGCCUUUGCGACUCUGUUAUUAAAGGCGCUAGUUCUUGUUGUGGUAGCUUCAUUCACGCAAGCCGUCAUUUUGGAACCACCCGCAGCGGACAGCCCACCAGACACCAAUUUUGUUAUAGGGAUGCUUUCCAUUGUCGACACGCACCAAGAUGGAACCCCAUUGUGGGUUCUCCGCACUGUGUACGGCGAUCUCAUACCGUUGGCAAAGAACUCCUCAAAACCGCCCGCGGGAACCCUUCCUGGGGCCCUGGUCCACAUGAACUGCAACUAUGACAACGAUGGCAUGUGUGAUCCCCAAUUCUACGAGGAAAUAUGCCUGCCUUGUAGCAUGUGCAGCCCCAUGGCAGCAUCGUUGGCCGCUUCCAUGGACAACAAUAAUGGCACCAUCAUUGCAUGCUCUUAUGGACCACCUCCCACCAUUUUCCAGCGGCUGCUUGUCAUAAUCUUGGACUAUUCAAGCAGUGGGUACGCACCGAGCCUCAACGAGUCUACCGUACGCUCCCUCUUCCUGGGGCCAAACGGUGAUGGCACCGGCGGCAUCGCGCAAAAGUACGCGCAAUGCUCGUACGGCAAGUUUAACCUGAGCCCCCAAGGCUUUCGCGUGCUGACUGUGCGGCAGAACUACUCUAACGCGGUCGCAGCGAAAUGCAACUGGUGGGAGAUAUCCAACAAUGCAGACGCGGCUGCAAGGAAUAUUCUGGGUCUUCUCACAUUAUCCACCUUCACUCACUUCGUCUACAUCCUACCGCCCGGACUGCAAAAAGCCUGCGGCUGGUGGGGGCUGGGUAUGCUCCCCGGAAACCAGGUCUGGUUGCAAACCACAAGCUACGGCGUGUAUCGCUGGGAAAGUGUCAUGCAGGAGGCCCUACAUAACUACGGACUUUGGCACUCCAAGGACGGUACUGGAUCACUAGACAACUCUACCCUCAUGGGCCGCGGAAAUGCCUGCCCCAACGCUGCCGAGAUCUCUCGCAUGGGCUGGGCCAUACCCGCACCAGGCGGCGGGGCCAUCAGCUCUGCUUCGUUUGCUCCAGGUUCCGCACUUGCCUUUGUCCUGCCCGCCACCUACCUCACUGGCGACGGCAACUACCUGCGAGUGGUGCCCGACUGGCUGCCCACUUAUACCGACAGCACACUCGCUAAGAACCUCUACAUCGCCGUGAGGGUGGCGAAUGGGUCUUCCGCCAACCUCGUAGCAAGCUUUGCACCCAAGGUUAAUGUGCAUGAGGUCAACGCAACAAUGGACAAUGAAUACCCGGCCGCUUAUUCAUAUGGAGACCGGAAGAUCACCAUCAUCAGCACAAUUCCCUCACUUGGCCGUGCCAACCUCACCGCCUACAAUCUGGUGGUGUACGGCGGACCAUGGACCAGUACGGAUGUUAUGCGGGUGUACCUGUGCCGCUAUACCACGUCACCUUCCGAGUGCCCAGGACUCGGGGCUUUGGAUGUCCCGCCCCCGCCGCCGCCAUCUCCCAAGCCACCAAGCCCUUCGCCGACGAGCUAUCCCAAGCCCCCUAACCCGCCGGCACCACGUCCCAGGCCGCCCAACAGGCCACCGCCACCACGCCCCAAGCCGCCGAAUCCUCUGCCUCCGCGUCCUCGCCCAUCAUCCCGCCCACCGCCCCCUAGUCCUACGCAGCCCGGUGCCGCCCCCGCCGCUGCCACGGCCGUGGCCGACACCGUCUAACAGCACAGCUUAACUCCAUACGUAUUGGCCGCACUUCUCCAGAAGGAUACUCAGCCAGUGGCUAUCUGCCUGUCUAUCUGGCUGUGUGGAUAGGCGGAUGCAAAUAAGUGGUUAGGUUGGUCACUUGUACCUACAACAGGCGGGUUAGUUGCCUCCCCGCCCCUGCAUCCAUCAAUCGGAUCUUUCCUAGGUUUGCAUGGCGGGAUAUUCAUAUUGUUUGGUGAUGCUCAGUACGCAUGACUGGAUGGCGGGCGCGAAAAUAAUGAUGCAGUACAUGCAUAUCUAACUUUAUUCCCCUGAUCUUUUUAUCUUUGUUAUGCAGUAAGUUAAGGGCAAUUAAAUGCCGGCCCGGAAAACUUACUAAGAAGAGGAUUUGGGUGCACACCGGCGUAUGUCGCAUAGUUUGCUGUAUCUAUUCAGUAGCUGUACCGUUUGAAUGGUUAAACGGUAGUCGUAGCUAGGUGCGCCGCCGCGCGAUGCAUGUCUGAAGGGGAUCAUAUAAUUAACACAUAUUGAUUAGAAGCGGCAGUAAAUUAAAAACACACUCGAUAGGCAAAGGAAAUGACGGAUGAGCUCAAUCCAUCCGUCGGCUAUUUCUGCGUGCUUCGGUAUAUAUCGGUUUGCUGGGAAGCGAGUAUAGGCAUAGCGAGUGUGGUAAGAGGUAAGCUCUUUUGUCCAUAGGGGUUUUGCGCUGUAUGAUAUGUAGAUAACCUGUGGGCAAGUAUUAAGCUUUUCAGGGCGUAAGCUGGGUCGACGAAGUUGUGUAGGUUCUUGCAGGACAACAAUCGGCGAGACGCGCGCGAUCGAGCAGGCAGCCAUAUUUGCGCUACGAAGGAUAAGCACCCAUUCAGUGAUAUUUAAGCGUUCGCAUGCAAGGAAAGGCGUGUGAUGCCUUGUUCGCUGAAGGAGAAGAUUGAUAAAAAGCAAGGCCAUUGGCCAGCGCUAGCUGUUUUGCAUUGUGUGCGCAAUACGCAUUUAGCCCGGGCUCUGAAGCAUCUCAUGGAGAUCGCGCGCACAUCCUUUCAUUCAUGAUACGAUGAGUAAUUUCUCUGUGUAUAUAUGCUCAUCGGCGGCCCAAAGCCGAGGUUAACCCCGCGAACCCGCGAGAUGAAGAGGAUGAGGCAUCGGGGGAUUGCCGGCCUCGCUUGGACCCCUUGCUUUCCCCCUUGCCCGCAUCUCUCAUUACCCCAGAAACUAAAAAACAUAAUUUUAAUAAGAUUUACGUUUUAGUUAUGGUCGUCGUUAUGCCAAAAAACGGGGCCAUGGUUCACAAAAAAGGUCCCAUGCGUCAACUCUGCUGGCUACUCAAAGUCCAUCGCGGUUGAUUGUUUAAUUGCUUGGCUUCGCAAUCUGGUGCGGAUUGCGACAUGCAGUUCAAAUGAAAUUCGCUUUACGUAGGAAAUUCAGUUGUAACUUCACCUUUGG